CUCCUGCUUGUGUAAGUGUGUGUUAAAGUGUGUGUCAGCUCCAGAGCAGUAGAAUGAGCGAGCCGUGACUGGCAGCCACGUUGCCACAUACGUAGCAGGUUAGCUUUGAAGAUCUGGAUCAUCCUCCUGUUGGAUCAAUACACCGGUUAUUUGGUUUUUAAUCCUGCUGGGAAAAGGCCAGACAGGACUGUGUCGCCACCUGAGACAGCGCCUGAAACAUGGCUCAGGUCCAGAGGAUGCAGAAGAAGACCAGCACCAUGUCUCUGACCAUCACCUCCUCUGCCACCUCCUCUCGAGAGCGCUCCUCCAGCUCCUCCUCUUCCUCCACGCUCCAGUCCAGCUUGGUGCAGCCCCUGUGUGUCAGCCCUCAGAGGACUCAGAGUCCUCUCUACAAUCAACAGUAUUCAGGAAAUGGAGUGGCUCCCACUUUUGUCAAGUGCCUCCACGAUGUGUCAGCAGUGAAGGGUCAGCUGGUGGUCCUGGAGUGUAGACUGAGGGGGACCCCUCCUCUGCAGGUCAUGUGGUACAGAGAGGAUGAACAAAUACUGGACUCAGAUGAUUUUAGAAUCCUGCGCAAGAAGACCAGUUCUGCCUCAGUGCCAGAGGAGCUGUGUACCCUGGUCAUCACUGAGGCCUUCCCUGAAGACUCAGGCCUGUUCAAAUGUGUCGUCCUCAACUCCUUCGGCACCAUCUCCUGCGCUGCCAUACUGGAGGUUUACGAUGACCUGGAGGAGCAGCUGAAGGUGGAGGCCACCCACCAGCAGGAAGUGGUCUCUCACAAAGACAGUGAGACAGACGUCCAUCAAGAAACGCCUUGGUCCCUGAAGAGCAGCGAGGACUUUCCUGCUGGGCUGACCGACUGUGAGAACCUCKCACCUCCCGACUGGCCCAGCAGCCCUUUAGAGGACAGUGUCCCUGCAGCAGA